AUGUCUGACAAUCGAGAUGAAGUUCGUCAAUCGCAACGAAAUUCUGAAAAAGAAGAAAGCGAAACAGAGGAGAACACUUCGAAGCUACGUCGGAGAAGAGGAUUGUUGAAGAAAUCAAAAACAUUGCUAGUUAAAGAUGAUGAUGAUCAACCUAUUCAAACAAGAGUAGAAAAACUAAAAAAAAGUUGCGAAGAAAAGUCACCAGUUGUAGAUCCAAAUCUUUUAAAUGAAAUAAAAUGGUCUUAUGAUACAGAUACAAGUGAUGUACCAUUUAGAGUGAAACAUUUGCUUCAAUUUAGAGAUGGAAAAUCUGAACCAUUAACUCUAAUGAAGGUUAAAAAUGAAUUGGGUUGUAGUUAUCAAAGAUACAUAUUGAACAAGAAUGAUAAAGAUGUGGAUCAAAAUAAGGAUGCAAAAACAUCUGAGAAGGACAAACAGGAUUAUUCAGUGAAAAAGAUGCAGGACAAAAACAAUAUGCAAAUACCUUUGAGAAUGACAAUAAGGAUGUGGAUCAAAGUGAGAAAGAUGUGGAGCAAAAUAAUGUUUCAGAAAAAAAAAAGCCAUGAAAAGGAAAAGAGCCCUCCAAAAGAAAAUGUUAAGGUUGAUAUUACAAAGACAACACAGCUGAAUCAGAGUGUUGAAAAUGUAAAAGAUGAUAUUCCAGAGGCCAAGAGGACUGCAAAAGAAAAAAGCCAUGAAAAGGAAAAGAGCCUUCCAAAGGAAAAUGAUUCUUCCGAUGAAAAUUCCACUGACAGUGGUGAUGAUAGUGAAGAUUAUGUCUACAAAGUUGAAACAGAACUUGUCGAUGAGGAAGAUAAUGAAUUAGAGGAGGAGGAAUUUAAAAUAAAACCAAAGAAGAAAAAGGCAAUGAAAGAGAAGGAGUAG